AUGGUUCAGUUCCACGAGCACGUCCUCGGCGACCUCCUCGACGACCCCAACGGCGGCCUCGUGAUCCUCUCCUCCGGCCUCUCCCUCUCCUCCCUCCUCGCCUCCCUCCUCCUCCUCCACUCCCCUCCCCAGGGCUCCCUCCUCCUCCUCCCCCUCCUCCUCCCCUCAAGCAGCGCCUCCUCCGCCGCCUCGCUCCCGCUCCGCCGCCCCCUCCAGACCCCCGCCGAGAUCACCGCCGACCUCCCCGCCCCCCACCGCCUCCUCUACGCCUCCGGCGGCGCCUUCUUCAUCACCCCCAGGAUCCUCAUCGUCGACCUGCUCUCGAGCCGGGUCCCGGCCUCGGUCGUGGCUGGGAUCGUGAUCCCCAACGCCCACGCCAUCGCGGAGACCUCCACGGAGGCGUUCAUCGUGAGGAUUUUGAAGUCGCUGAAUAAGAAUGUAUACGUGCGGGCGUUCUCGGAUAAGCCGCAGGCGAUGGUCGCGGGGUUCGCCAAGGCGGAGCGGAUCAUGAAGUGCUUGUUCAUUAGGAAGUUGCACCUCUGGCCGAGGUUUCAGGUGUAUGUAUCACAAGAAUUGGAGAAGGAUCCGCCUGUGGUCGUGGAUAUAAGGGUUGCAAUGUCGAAGAACAUGGUGGGGAUUCAGAAAGCGAUCAUUGAGGUAAUGGACGCGUGUUUGAAGGAGAUGAGGAAGACGAACAAGGUGGAUGUCGAGGAUUUGACUGUGGAGAAUGGGUUGUUCAAGUCUUUUGAUGAGAUUGUGCGGAGACAAUUGGAUCCUAUUUGGCAUACGUUGGGGAAGAAGACAAAGCAGCUAGUUUCAGAUUUGAAGACUUUAAGGAAGUUGCUGGAUUAUCUCGUUAGGUAUGAUGCAGUCAGUUAUUUGAAGUAUUUGGAUACACUGCGAGUGUCAGAGAGUUUUCGGUCUGUUUGGAUAUUUGCAGAGUCCAGCUAUAAGAUAUUUGAGCUUGCAAAGAAGCGUGUCUAUCGAUUUGUGAGGUCAGAUGGAACUAAAUUUGAUGGGCCUGGUAAGAGCACAACCAGCAAAAAAAGGAAACUUAGAGAGGAAGACAAUCGUGAAGAAACAGCCUCUGGUGGUUCUUCAUCAACAGGUGUUAUAGUUUUGGAGGAAGUGUUGGAGGAGGCACCAAAAUGGAAGGUUUUACGUGAGGUUCUUGAGGAGAUAGAACAGGAAAGACAAAAGGCAACUUUGACUGGUGAGGAAUGUCUUGUCGAGGGUGAGGAAAGCGAUAACGGCAUUGUGUUGAUCACCUGCAAAGAUGAACGUUCAUGUAUGCAGCUAGAAGAUAUCAUCACGAACAACCCACAGAAGGUGAUGCGAGAAGAGUGGGAGAAGUACUUGCUUAGCAAAGUUGAACUGCGUGAUGCACGAACACGUUACAAGAAGAAACCUAAAGAUCCUAAAGGUUUUGGCAUUCUUGAUGGAACUCUUCAUGUAACAACUACACCUACUACAGAAGCUAGCAGUACAAGCAAGCAGGAACACGAUGCACUUUUGGCCGCAGUAUCAGAAAUCAAAAAUAGAGCUAAGCUGGAAAAGCCUGGGGACUCUAUCCAGCCUCAUGUUGGUGAUGAAGGAUUUAGCAAUGGAACAAAAGAUAAAAAUAAGAAAGGAAGAGCACAUGCUAAGAGCGCUCAGCAUAGAAACAGCAGUGGUAGGAAGAGAGUUGUGACAGAUGGUAAUCAAGCAGUCCCUGCUUCUGAAGAUGAACAUUUAACGGAUGGAUUAGUAUCUGCUGGUGAUUGUGAAGGUAACAUUUCUGGUCAUUCUGUAGACAGAGCGGUUCUCCAAGAGGAGUCUGACCAGUCAGAAUCCCGAAGUGUGAAGCCACUGCCUCCUCUGCAUUUUCACGCUUUAGAAAGUGGUCAGCCAAUAUUGGAUAUCUUGAAGCCGUCUGUGAUAAUUGCGUACCACCCAGACAUGACUUUUGUCAGGGAGAUUGAAGUCUACAAAGCUGAGAAUCCCUCCAGAAGUUUAAAAAUAUACUUUCUUUUCUAUGAGGAGUCUACGGAAGUUCAGAAAUUUGAGGCUAGUAUCCGUAGAGAAAAUGGAGCAUUUGAAUCUUUGAUCAGGCAGAAAUCAAUGAUGAUGAUACCAGUUGAUCAGGAUGGUCACUGCCUUGUACUGAAUGCUUCCAUGGAGCAACACGCUUCAUCUUCCCAAAAUUCUAUAACGAGAAAGGCUGGUGGGAGAAAAGAUGCUGAGAGAGAGAUGCAGGUUAUCGUGGAUAUGAGGGAGUUCAUGAGCAGCCUGCCAAAUGUCCUUCACCAGAAAGGCAUGCGUAUAAUACCUGUUACUUUGGAGGUUGGAGAUUAUAUACUCUCACCUUUGAUUUGUGUAGAAAGAAAGAGUAUCCAAGAUCUCUUUUCAAGCUUCCAGUCGGGUCGCCUCUUCCACCAGGUGGAAACAAUGGUGCGCUAUUAUAGAAUACCUGUUCUUCUCAUUGAAUUUUCACAAGACAAGAGCUUCUCUUUUCAGUCUGCAAGUGACAUUGGUGAUGACGUAACUCCCAAUAGCAUAAUAUCCAAGCUAUCCUUGCUUGCUUUGCAUUUCCCACGCUUGCGAAUAAUCUGGUCCCGUAGUCUUUAUGCUACUGCCGAAAUUUUCUUCUCUUUUAAAGCAAAUCAAGAUGAACCUGAUGAGACCAAGGCAAUUAGAGUUGGUGUCCCCUCGGAAGAGGGUAUUGUGGAAAAUGAUGUGAGAGCUGAAAACUACAAUACAUCUGCUGUGGAAUUCUUGAGACGUCUACCAGGUGUGACAGAUUCAAAUUAUAGAGCGAUAAUGGAUGGGUGUAAAAGCUUGGCAGAACUCGCCCUUCUUCCAGUAGAUCGCUUAGCUGAACUGAUGGGUGGGCAGAAAGUUGCUCGGACUCUUAGAGAAUUCCUAGAUGCCAAGUAUCCAACCUUAUUGUAGAGGCUUUAAUGACAUCGAGCUAUCUACUCAAGCGACGAUAAAAAUGCGCGCUCCGUGAUUUAAUUGUCUUUGUACCAUUAGAUUUGCGUUCUGUUGUUGUACGAUUAACGAUUGAUGAAUUGUAUUCUUGAUUGUAUAUUUAAUUUUUCUUCUGGCGUUCCAUUCAGGCAAUAUUUUUGGGGGAGCCA